AUGGGCAAACCCAUUACCAAAAGGGUGUCAAAAUCGAAUUCCCGUGAAGUGACUCUAACUGGAGUGGAACGCGAGACAUCCGGAGAGUACAAGUGCGAGGUCUCGGCGGACGCGCCUCUCUUCCACACCGACAUUCGAGCUGCCAACCUCCUUGUCGCUAGUAUUCCGGAAGAAGGGCCCGUACUGAGAACAGAGGUUCAGAAAGUGGCACCGGGUGCUGAGAUUAGAGCCAAUUGCACUACUGCAGGAUCAUUCCCCAGUAUGAACGUGACUUGGACUAUUAACGACAAAGAGAUUUCUUCAAAAUACAAAUACGACAUUCAAAACUCCAUAAUCCGAUACGAUGCCCUACCAGGAUUGGAAACCGUUCGUUCUGCAAUCUCGAUUCGCGAGGCACCCGACUUGUUUAAAAGUGGCAAAAUGAGACUAAAAUGCACUGCUACUAUGUUUUCCCUAUACAGGGCUGCCAAAGAAGCUGAAAUACAAGAAGAUGCUCCACGACUGGCUCUUAUCAUGGAGCCAACCAACCAUCCCAAUCAAGGAUCGGGUAGUGUUGUUAGAAAACUAACCAGCACGCCCCUGCUCUUGUCAAUAUUCUACGUCCACCUUUACACUUGGUUAAGAAAAAUUUGUUUUUAAUUGUGAAGUGGUUAAUUAAUGUGAUAGUGUGUAAGUAAUGAGUUGAUUUAAGACAAGUCUUGUUACUGAAUCAAGUGUGAUUUAAAAAAAGUAUUUUUUAGUAAAUAAGGAGUAUAAACGGACAUUCAAUGUAUAAAAUGUA